AGGUACAGCUUCAUGGGUGAGGGUGUCUCCCGUGCAGUACUAGGAACAGGAGGACUGAAUCUCUAGAAACUCUUAUCAGCGGAGAAGGCACGGACUUCAACCUGCAUAACAAGCUUCCCCUUGUUUACCCGGCUUUCCCUGGCAACCGCCCACAGCUGACUCUCCCCACCCUCAACAUCCUCUUUGCCUCUCUUUAAUUCUUAGACCAGCCAGAAGAACCUGGACAGGUAGGGGAGUUUCUUCCUCCCCGACAGUGGACCAGUGCUUUGCUCGUCCAUCCUUUACCUGAAGCUCUUCACCUGGGUCCUCUGGCCGCGUUCCGCAGAAAACCAGCAGGAUGGCUGCAAACAAGAGCAAGAGCCAGAGCUCCCUGGCCCUGCACAAGGUGAUCAUGGUCGGCAGCGGAGGGGUGGGCAAGUCGGCCCUGACCCUGCAGUUCAUGUACGACGAGUUCGUGGAGGACUAUGAACCUACCAAGGCUGACAGUUACAGAAAGAAAGUGGUCCUGGAUGGGGAGGAAGUCCAGAUAGACAUCCUGGACACGGCCGGACAGGAGGACUAUGCGGCCAUUCGCGACAACUACUUCCGGAGUGGGGAGGGCUUCCUCCUAGUGUUCUCCAUCACCGAGCACGAGUCAUUCACAGCAACCGCCGAGUUCAGGGAACAGAUCCUCCGCGUGAAGGCGGAAGAAGAUAAAAUCCCGCUGCUGGUCGUGGGGAACAAGUCUGACCUGGAGGAGCGGAGGCAGGUUCCGGUGGAGGAGGCCAGGGCCAAGGCCGAGGAGUGGGGCGUGCAGUACGUGGAGACCUCGGCCAAGACGCGGGCCAACGUGGACAAGGUGUUCUUUGACCUCAUGAGAGAGAUCAGAGCAAAGAAGAUGUCAGAAAACAAAGACAAGAAUGGCAAGAAAAGCAGCAAGAACAAGAAAAGUUUUAAAGAAAGAUGUUGCUUACUGUGAAGGCCGAGGUGCUGGACCGAGUCGGUCACCACUGUGGACAGAGGGCGGGUUCCUCAAGACGAGACUCCAGUCGACCUGUGGGCGGGUUCCCUGCUCUCCCCAACCUCAUUCACACAUACUUCUGUAAAUGGGGAAAAUAUUUGUGAAUCAGUGGCUGGCAGAAGAAAUAAGACCUUGACUGUGCGAUGGGAUGGCUUCUUUGUCAGGAGAUUUCGGAGUUUCCUCCCUCUUUUCCUUCCUAAAAUAAGCCAUGUAUGUAGUGCUAUAGGCAGGGGUUAGCCAAGUGUUAAUUAAAAAGGACUGUCCUAGCCUCUUAUCUUUUCCCCAGUUUUAUAACAUUAGCGUCUUUUGUUUUAAAAUAAAAAUGUCUUAUUUUAUUAGAUCUUGGGAGGCGAGGGGUGGGGUGUGGCUCCCCCUACCCUUGUCGGCUCAACAGUAGUCCUCAGAAACAUCCAUCAGUUUCUCAAGAUGCUGGAAAACUCAGAGAUUUUUUAGAUAAGUCUCUUGGCCAUACCCUGGGGAUCUGAAGCUGAGCUAAAAAAAUAAAAUUGAAUUGGGCGAAACAGAUCCAUACCAAGCUCAGAAGUCCUUGUCAACAUAAAAGUUGUAUUCUUCGUAGUUAAAUAGCCAGUUACAGUCUGUGUUAGCUGCUUUUCUCCUGUAGCAUCCUGGGUUUUGUGUAGGAGCUUCUUUUUUAAUAAAAUGAAGACUCAAGAGCAAUACACUUUAUAAAUGAUACACUUUUCUAAUCAGAAACUUUUUAAAAGUCCUUUGGCUAAAUCCUCUCCUAAUUGCCAGUCUUGGGGUCAGGCCCCUCCUUCUCCACCCGUAACUCACUGUCUGUCCUGACCAGCUUCUCCCUGCAGAAGUUGAGAGGACCUUUUGUUUCUUUCGGUGUAACCCAAGUUCUUCUGAAGUACCUGAGGAGUUAAGAGUGUGUUCUAAAACGAAGCCAGAGCCUGUGCCAGACAGCCGCUACCUCUUGUGGAAUUACUCAGUAAAUUCUGAAUUUAAAAUUGGAAGAAGUGGAGAAGCCACUGCCCCUUUACCUCUGGGAAUUGGCUGCUGUUUCUAAUGUAAGUUUAUUUCUGAAACAGCCAUCUAGUUAGAAAAAGAUUUUUUAUGGAUGAGAAAUUAUUUGCCUUUCUUGUAUCAGUAUUCUGAAUUCAGCAAUCAGAAAAUUUUUCAUCAGGAAAGGAGGACUGUGGUGAAAACCUAUUGGCAUAUUUUCCCCCAUUUUUCAGAAGUGACAUUUCACAUAUAGGUGCCAAAUGUGAAUUGGGGUGGGGAGAACGGGGACCUUUGGAAUUUAUGAUUAUUACAGAAAUUGUAGAAAUAAUGAUCUGACUGGAAAACAAUCUUGUGUCACCUCCCAAAGAAUCAUGGGCUUUUUUCAAUUAAAAGCAGAAAUUUACAGUU